GCUAGACUCCUGGUCAUGAGACCUGCCUGGCCAUGAACAACUUCGACAAAACAACACACGCUCGUUCAUGAACCGGCCAUGACCAUGCCCCGCAUGCGACAUGCUGUGCAGGUGGGGCUGGCGCUUUCACUGCUGCGCUGGGCUUUCGUGGACCCGGCAGCUUCUCCUCGCCACACGGCGGCUUCGCCUUCGCCGCGGAGGUCCACGUCCGUGACGGCUCUGAGGGCCACCUGGCGGGAGGUCCACCAGGAGGCCAAAGACUUGGAACAGAAGCUUCGUGAGGUCAUCAUCGAGAGCAACCAGCGGGUCCGUGAGCUCGAAGGGAUGUUCGUGGAGAGGUCCAAAGCAUCGGAUGAGAAGGCCACGACGCCGCAGCUCAGCACCUUGGGCUUUGGAGUCUUUCAGGCCAGGGCAGAACGCCUCUUCCCAGAUGUGGAGACCAACCGGCCAAUUCUUGCGGGAGAGCUGGCUACAGCAGCCCCCAUCGUUGGGCGCUAUACCUCGAGCCCCAGCCUACGAGUGCCAGCUCGACUGGAGCCUGAGCAACUGCAAGGCCAGGAUGAUCCCAGUGCCUCUGCCGAGGAGAAUGAGCUGUGGAAGACCUACGUCCAGCUCCUCACCGACACGCUGGAACCCCUGUGGCCCGAAGCGGAGGAGCGCGUCCGAGCGGUGAUGAUGGCUGAGUUCGAUGCCGAACAGAGGCGGGACGAGCAGGUGGGCGCCAUUCGCAAGCGUGUGCUGAAGCAGAUGAUGCUGGCCAACGAGGGGAUCCGGACAGAGGCAGAACUCGAUGCCAUCCUCACGGUGCUGCAGACGGAUGAACGUCUUUUGAAGUACCUGGGCCUCCUCAUGCAGUGCUGCUUGCAAUCCGAAAAGCUCCAGGAGAGAUUGACCCGGCGGCAGAAGGAGUAUGCCUCCUCCAGCGGCUACUCGGCGAAGGAGCAGGCCGAGGAGGCGGUGCAGGGCGUGUUUCAGCGGGCCAAAUCCUUGGAGAUGAGGAUUCAAGCCUGUUGUAGCGCGGCCGAGGACCUGCCAGAGACUUACGAUACCAUGCAGUCCGUGGGCGACUUCUUCUCCAAGCUCAACCCCUUUCGCUGAACUCCACCGCAGAAUCUCCCGCGGAGCUCCGCGGAAGACAUUCGCUUCGUCGUCAAUCCCUACAGGAGGGUGUUCGGACCUCGGGUUCGAAACGAGAGG